GACAGGGACCAAUAAAUAUGCACAGUGGAUGUGGAUAUACUGCCAUCUAGUGUAUAGUAGGCUUAGCAUCAAGAUUGUGAAGGUGUGUGGGGAAAAGACCCGCUUCGAGAAGCUCAUGGAGUAUUUUAGUCAUGAGGAGAGCAACAUUGACUUCAUGGUGGCGUGCAUGCAGUUCAUCAACAUUGUGGUCCAUUCGGUGGAGAACAUGAACUUCAGGGUGCACCUGCAGUAUGAGUUCACCCACCUGGGCUUGGACGGCUGUCUAGAGAGGUUGAAGCUGACGGAGAGUGAGCGUCUGCAGGUGCAGAUCCAGGCCUACCUGGAUAACGUGUUUGAUGUGGGCUCUCUGCUGGAGGACGCGGAGACUAAGAACGCUCUCCUGGAGCACCUGGAGGAGGUGCAGGAGCACAACAGACAGCUGAACAGCAGGUUGGAACAGAGUGAGAGAGAGAAUGAAGAGAAGGUGUGUGAGCUGGAGAAACAGCUCAUCCAGACCACGAAAGAAGUAGAGAUACUGAAGGAGAGUCUGCGGGAGUCCUGUUCGCAGGUGACCGUGCUGCAGCAGAGAGAAAGAGAGCGAGAGCUGGAGAGGGAGAGAGAGAAGGAGAGAGAGCGAGACCGUGACCGCGACCGAGACCAGUCCGCGCGCGCCCUCGUGGACCUGGAGCAGAAGGUCCAGGGUCUGGCGGAGCAAGGUCUGAUCCGGGUGGAGAGGAACGCGUCUGGGACGCUGGACAUCCACGUAGUGCCUGUCAGAGUGGAGCAAGUGAGCAGCCAACCUCCUGUGCAGUCAACAGAAACCGAUGGGGCAGUAAUCAGUGACUCUCCCGCGGAUCCUGCCCCCGCGCAAGAGACCCAGCCACCUCCACCCCCUCCUCCUCCGCCUUUACCCCAACCUGCCCCAGCUCCACCACCACCCCCGCCUCCUCCACCUCCCCCUGGGUGUGGACCCCCACCCCCACCCCCACCUCCCCCUGCCUUUGGAGGACCAGCUGCCCCAGCAGCAGCUUCAGGCGUGAAGACCAGGAGGCCUAUUCAGACUAAGUACCGCAUGCCCUUGUUUAACUGGCAGGCUCUGAAGGCGGAGCAGGUGGCUGGCACCAUCUUCACCGAGCUGGAUGAUGAACACGUGCUACUGGAGUUGAACAUGGACGCAUUUGAGGAGCAGUUCAAGACCAAGGCCCAGUCUGCGCCAGCGGACGUGGGGACCCUGAGGAUGAGGACUGCCCACCGCGCCCCCAGCAAGGUCACCCUCAUGGAGCCCAACCGGGCCAAGAACCUGGCCAUCACCCUGCGCAAGGGCGGCAUGACAGCGUCCAGCAUCUGCACCGCCAUAGAGACUUAUGACCUGAAGUCUCUGAGCCUGGACUUCCUGGAGCUGCUGGAGCGGUUUGUGCCGUCCGAGUACGAGCAGAGGCUGAUUGGGAACUACCUGCGUGAAGGGCGCCCCCUGGAAGAGCUGAGCGAGGAGGACCGCUUCAUGGUGCGCUUCGGCCGCAUCCCGCGCCUCACGCUGCGCAUCAGCACGCUCACCUUCAUGGGCAACUUCAGCGACAGCGUCCAGAUGCUGCAGCCGCAACUAGAUGCCCUCAUCGCAGCCUCCAUGUCCAUUAAGUCGUCCUCCAAACUGAAGAAGAUACUCGAGAUCAUUCUGGCUUUCGGGAACUACAUGAACAGUGGCAAGAGGGGAGCAGCCUUCGGGUUCCGACUACAGAGCCUCGACAUGCUGCUGGACACCAAGUCGACUGACCGGCGGCAGACCCUGCUCCACUUCAUCGUCAGCAUCAUCCAGGAGAAAUACCCCCAGCUGCAAGGCUUCUACUCCGAGCUGCCCUUCAUGGACAAGGCAGCACUGGUGUCUCUGGACAGCAUCCUGCAGGACGUGCGUGCCCUGGAGAGGGGUAUGGAUUUGACCCGGAGGGAGUUUGAGGAACAGGAAGAGAGCAUGGUGCUGAGAGACUUCCUGUCCAGCAACGAGAAGCUGCUGGAGUCCAUGGUGAAGGACAGCAAGACCGCACAGGAGGUGUAUGACUCCGUGGUGGAGUACUUUGGUGAGAACCCCAAGACCACCCCUCCAUCCGUGUUUUUUCCUGUGUUCGCCCGGUUCAUCAAAGCCUACAAGAAAGCGGAGCAGGACAUUGGGCAGAGGAAGAGGCAGAGUGCUGUGAUGGGUGAAGAGGGCCAUGAGACGCUCCCAUCACCCACAGGCAAAGCUGACUCUCACAAGUUACCCACAAUGCCUAAGCUGCCACAAAUGGACCUGAUCGCCGAGCUGAAGAAGAAGCAGGUCACAUCGCUGGUGCGGGAGGGCAAGGACGGCGCCAUCGAGGACAUCAUCACAGCUCUGAAGUCUGUUCCUUUCACGGCGCGCUCAGGGAAGCGUUCCUCUCGCCUGCUCUGCGAUUCGGGCUUCAGUGACGACAGCCCCUCCUAACUCUGUCCCCUUUCCCUGCCUCUCUGCUCCGCUCUGACGUUACAGAGGUAUCCUGCACUUUCUCUGUCUUUCUACGUCUGUCGGGGGUGGUCAGAUUUAGUCAACGUUUCCGGUCGAAUAUUUCUCAUUUUUUCUUUCUUUUCAGAUUGUAUAUUCACACAAUAGCUUUGGCUUUCGUCACUCUUUGUUCUUGUUUCUAUGCCUUUUCCUCUAUGCUCUCUCUCUCUUUGUGUCUUCUCUCUGACAACAUCUCAUGGUUUUUUUUUCAGUUGAAUUGUUUUAUCUCUGUGCUCGUCUGAAGCGCUGUUUUAUUUUUCUGUUUGAAGACACAUUUUCGGCUGUUCGGCUCCCACUGGGAUUUAUGAAAGUUGCUAUAUAUUAGCGCCCCCUCGCUCUCUUUCUCUCUCUCACACACACACACACACUCUCUCUCUCUCUGUGUGCUAAAGCUGCUCUGUGAUGAACAUUUGAUUUUGUAUCUUUAUUAUGGGAUGCAUGUCUCCCCAGGAGACCUUCCCCAGCGUUUGAGUCCCCUUUGCUUUAGUGAUUUCUUAGAAAAACUGCAUAAUGAGUUCAUUUCUGCGGCAGCCAUGGGGACUAGAGUACAGUAUUUCUGAUGAGGCAGAAAAAUCUCUGUUUCAGUCUCUCUCUCUCGCUCUGUUUUAGCAUGAUUGUCUGUAAGCAUAACUGUCUGUCACCCUAUAACUAAUCAACUGAUUUGUCCGACUGGUUGUAAAUUUAAAACUCUGUCUGUGAUAACUUGCAUACUUCACAUGCAUAUUUCAAGUGCUUUUCUGUGUGUGUUUAGCCGGCCUGUUUUCUAUUUGUGACUGUCUUGCUUGCUUUGUCGUGUGCUUGCUGUCUGAUACAUAAAUGCUUUUUGGAUGGCCUGCUUUUUUCUUCAGAAACUGUCAUGUUUGUUUCUUAUUUGCUUGGUUUCCACUGUGUGUGUGUGUGUGUGUGUGUAUAAGGUGCUGUCUUUUUGUUUGUCUCUCUGUGUCUAUCCAGAUUCAAGGAAGGAGCUGUCUCCCUGUGUCUGUCGUGUAGUUCCUCAGACACGUAAUGAGACAGACAGUCUGUCUCUGUCUUGCUGUGCAGCUUUCUUUUAAUCUGUCUGUGUGUUCAGAUUUGUCUGUUGAAUGUUUGGUUCUGUAGGGCUAUUUCUGUUUGGGAGGGUAUAUGUCUGUAUGUCCAGCUCUGGUGGUCCGUACAGGCAGGUGUUUCCAUAGAGGUAUUUCUGUUUGUCUGGCAGUCUAUCUUCCAGGGGUUAUGGCUUUGAAGAUUCCGUUUUUGGCCACCUGCUUUUAGGAAGAUUUCUCUCUCUCGCUCUCUCUGUGUAUUUGUGCCUGAUAAGAUGUAUGCAUGUGGGUGUACAGUAUGACUUGUGAUAAGAUCCAUUUGUGUGUAUGUGUGUGAAAGGUUCCAUGUGUGUUUGUGUGUGUGU